GCAAGGUGGGCCAGCCAGUGGCACUUAAGCGCUUAAGCGCUCAAGAAGUACCAGAAUUUGAUUCCCGAGUUCUUUCUAGAAAAACGCAACUAGCUCCCUCCGCAGUCAGCCAUACCAAGACAUACAACAUCCCGCUCUCACGAUCUUUCUGAACACGAGCUUUGCACGCAGUGAUUCUGACGGUGUCCUGCACAUUUUGGAACGGUUCUUGCAAAGUUUCUCUGACGAUUGAAUUUCGUGUGAUACACUUAUGCGUCAACAUUUUAUAUAUAGGCUACCUUGUGAUCGCCCUCUUCUACUAGCAACUCGAGCCAUGACAAUCCCUACUAGUCCCACCGUGACGAUGUCCGAGUCUGUAAACUCUGACCCUCAACUUGAGGUCCCUGAUAACUGUCGAGCUCCCAAUAACCCUAUCCUGAGGUCUGCAUUCACAAUGUUGUGCAUUAUUGCAGUCUCUCGAGAGAAUCUCCACCAUUGGAAAGAUACAACGAAGAAAGACUGGAAGGAGCAUGUCUCCAUAAUGGUCAAUCGAUUUCAGAACACAAACGUUACCGCCGGGCUCGUACUCGCAACUACUGCUAUGUUUCUCUCGUCCGUGAAUCCUAUCGAGCACAUGAUGGCUUAUAACUCUUCAAUCUCGUACAUUUUCGCCAUGGUUUCAUUUGGCGCUGCAUUGCUCAGCGUGAUAUCCGGAUCUGCUGUGCUUAUUAUCUACGAAACUAGCACCGCUCACAAAGACAUGGAAACCCUCAGACACAUGCCACGACACCAUGUCAUUGCGCUGCUGUUAUGGAUGGCAUACCCCUCGAUCUGUCUGUCAAUCGCUACUUGCUUUUUGUUCGUGUCUGUCUUUAUCGCCUGCUUCUGGUCUGACAAUGGUGUCGUCAACAUCAUAACUAUCUUGGGUUGUGUGGCCUUCCUUUCAAAUGGAGGCCUUACGCUCUACGUUUUCGGCGUUGUGGGCAAAAAGCCCAUCCAUGAUGGAAAAAAACACCCUCACACAAGCUGCUGACGUGCAUCGUAAUAGUACCACUUAGGGUUCGGACGCCUCCGGGUUGUAUAGUAGCAGCGGAACUUUCGAUAAGAAUCUGUCGUGUCUCCUCAGCCUAGUAUCACAUAUGUUAGAUAUACACUGCCUCGUGAUCGCCCAUGCGGACUGUCCAUGCCUUAGAGAAUAGAUGCCCAGGCUCCGCAUGUACAGUGUUCAACUUUAAAGCGUGAUAAUUAACGUAUAUUUAUGUAAAGAGAA